AUGGGUCAGCAUUGUGAAGACAGAUUAGAUCAUGCCCAUGUUACUCAUUACGGGAGUUGUGAAGACAGAUUAGAUCAUGCCCAUGUUUCUCAUUACGGGAGUUGUGAAGACAGAUUAGAUCAUGCCCAUGUUUCUCAUUACGGGAGUUGUGAAGACAGAUUAGAUCAUGCCCAUGUUUCUCAUUACGGGAGUUGUGAAGACAGAUUAGAUCAUGCCCAUGUUACUCAUUAUGGGAGUUGUGAAGAUAGAUUAGAUAAUGCCCAUGUUACUCAUUAUGGGAGUUGUGAAGAUAAGUUAGCUCAUUAUCAUGUUACACUUUAUGUGAGUUGUGAAGCUAAGUUAGCUCAUGAUCAUGUUACACUUUAUGGGAGUUGUGAAGCUAAGUUAGCUCAUGAUCAUGUUACACUUUAUGAGAGUUGUGAAGACAGAUUAGACCAUGACCAUGUUACUCAUUACGGGAGUUGUGAAGACAGAUUAGACCAUGACCAUGUUACUCAUUACGAGAGUUGUGAAGACAGAUUGGAUGAUGACCAUGUUACUCAUUAUGAGAGUUGUGAAGACAGAUUAGACCAUGACCAUGUUACUCAUUACGGGAGUUGUGAAGACAGAUUGGAUGAUGACCAUUGUGAAGACAGAUUGGAUGAUGACCAUGUUACUCAUUAUGAGAGUUGUGAAGACAGAUUAGACCAUGACCAUGUUACUCAUUACGGGAGUUGUGAAGACAGAUUGGAUGAUGACCAUGUUACUCAUUACGAGAGUUGUGAAGACAGAUUAGAUGAUGACCAUGUUACUCAUUACGGGAGUUGUGAAGACAGAUUAGACCAUGACCAUGUUACUCAUUACGGGAGUUGUGAAGACAGAUUAGACCAUGACCAUGUUACUCAUUAUGGGAGUUGUGAAGAUAGAUUAGACCAUGACCAUAUUACUCAUUAUGGGAGUUGUGAAGAUAAGUUAGCUCAUGAUCAUGUUACACUUUAUGGGAGUUGUGAAGAUAAGUUAGGUCAUGAUCAUGUUACACUUUAUGGGAGUUGUGAAGACAGAUUGGAUGAUGACCAUGUUACUCAUUACGAGAGUUGUGAAGACAGAUUAGAUGAUGACCAUGUUACUCAUUACGGGAGUUGUGAAGACAGAUUAGACCAUGACCAUGUUACUCAUUACGGGAGUUGUGAAGACAGAUUAGAUGAUGACCAUGUUACUCAUUAUGGGAGUUGUAAAGAUAAGUUAGAUCAUGAUCAUGUUACACUUUAUGAGAAUUGCGAAGAUAGGUUAGAUCAUGAUCAUGUUAAAUUACAGAAAUUCGAAUGCCCUUCUGUAUUAUUAUAG